AGUGUUUUACUCUAGCCAGAUUUUGUUGCUUCACACUUCCAAAAUGUUCAAACUCGUCUUGGUUUUAUCCAUCGGUUACAUCGCUGAAAUAUGUGAAGGUAAAGAACAAAUUGAAAACUGCAAUGAGCUCGAAAAAUGUAUGGACCCCAAUGUUUUUGUGACUCCAGCUAAUGUAGAAUCACUUUAUGAUGGUGAAAACUCAGAAGCCCUACAAAUGAAAGGCAACAAGUUUUACACCUGCUACUAUACUUCUAUGUAUAAAUGCUCUGAUCCAGUUCGUAAUAAUUACCUCAAGUCUCAAUUAAAGUUGGUCACUUUUCUUAGGGAGAGGAAAAAUGAUAUCAUAGACUUGAGUAAGUGCAAAGACAAAGACAGGAUUAAACGGUUGAUCGCAUUUGUAAGCCUUGAUUUCUGGCAAAAUCUUAUACAUUACUCGUUUGAGGUUAUUGAAAAGCAUAUGCCAAUGUACAUAUGGAUGGACAAAUACUUUUGCAAACGGUUUACUCAGCUGAAGGUUGCAUUGUAUUUUAAGUUGAUCAAUGUCUGCCCCGAAAAUGCAGCUGAAGCGCUUAGCUGGUAUUGGGGAUAUUACCAUGAAGUGAACUUCGAAGUGUACAGCUGGUGUUACUCCGAUUAUAUCGGAAAACAAACGCCAGCACGCGAUCUAUACCAACUUGUGCUACACCCACGAGUGAAACCACCUGACCUAAGCGACAAAAAUAACAUACAACUUCUUGAGGAUAAAGCAUAUGCAAAGUGGGCGUUUAAUACCGUAGCCCCCUGGGGUUAGCGUGGUCGAAUCGACAAUUAUACAGAACGAAUUAAUAUUACUUAAGAACGAAGAAGAAGAAGAAAAAAGAAGCCCCCCUGGAUUUGAAUUUCGAUUGAAAUUAGUGCAUUAAAUUUUUGGUGGUUUUUUUCAACUCCUCUUUAAGUAGUAUAACGCUAGCCUUUCAGUUCUAUUUUUAAAGUUUAAGUAAUUUUUUAAAUUUCCCUAGUUGCCAUCCUCCAUAGUGUUAUAUAAGAAUAUUCGAGAAAGUUUAGGGUUUAUUACGUAAGUAUACGUGCCGUCUUAACCUAUUCACCCACACACUGAAUAGGUUGGACUCUCUCCACGCUUGCCUGGUGCAGGAUUUUCCAAUUCUUUGAACCCUUGCUGGUGUAUUGUUAAAAAAAAUGUAAGCAACAACUAACAUUAGUAACUCUGGAAUAAAGACACGUCGACAACAUAUACAGUUUAUUUUUUUUCCAAACGUUAUCAAUGUAAAAUAAGAUUUAUUAAUGUUUGGGUCUGGGCCUUUUUAAGAUUUAUUAAUGUUUGCCACUCCUUUCCCACUUAUCGCGUCGUCUGGCGGCAUAGUAGUUUUCCCACUGGAUAAUAUCUGAUCUGUAUUGUUUUGUUUAAUGCAUCAUUCGUUUGUAAAAUGCUUCUAUCAUUCUGCAAUAAAAAUAAUUUUUGCUUUCCU